AUGGCAACUCCAUACACUUCUGAUAUUCAACAGAUAAAUUCUCCGAAAGAGUUCGAUGAAUACAUCCAUCAGCCAUCGAUCAUCAACAAAGUCUUGUUAGUUCAUGUUGAAUUAGAACAGAUUCCCGUUUGUAAAACUGUCAAUGAUGCUUUAUCAGCUAUCAAUCGCGAUCCUGAGUUUAUGCAACAGUUAGCCAUUUGUCGUUUAAAUGCUGAUCAUUUCUAUGAUUUACUCAAUACGCACAAUGUCAAUGCUGCGCCAACUGUUCUCUUCUAUAAUCGAGCGAAAGUGAUCGACCGUGUCGAUGGAUUCAAUCAAAGUGAUUUGCUGAAAAAGAUUAAAUUUCACGUGAAUUCUAUCGGUGUUGUUCAAACAACAGAAAUCAGAUCCGAUUUCGGCUCACCCAUGAUUCCAGUGGAAAAUAAAAUCAAACAAUUACUUGAUUCAUCACCGAUAAUUCUUUUCAUGAAAGGCACACCCGCAAGUCCACAGUGUGGUUUCAGUCGUCAAGCUUGUCAUUUACUCGACGAACAUAAAAUCAAAUACGACUAUUUCGACGUUCUUGCUGAUCAAAACGUCCGAGAACAGUUGAAGAGAUAUUCCAAUUGGAACACGUAUCCCCAAUUAUAUGUCGGAGGAGAAUUGAUCGGUGGAUUGGACAUAGUGAAGCAAAUGAUCGAAAAUGGCGAUUUUGAGUUGAAGUUAAAAGAACAAAAGCCACCUGUCUUAGAUGAAGAGACGAAAAAAUAUUUGGAAAGCUUAAUCAAUCAAGCGCCGUUGAUGCUCUUCAUCAAAGGAACACCUGAAGCGCCGCGAUGUGGUUUCACGAAAGAAUUACUCGCGCUUCUAUCGAGUGCGAAUGUAACCGGUUAUAAAACAUUCGAUAUUCUUCAAGAUGAAAAUGUCCGACAGAAAUUAAAAGAAUAUUCUUCAUGGCAAACCUACCCACAGAUUUAUGUCAAUGGUCAAUUCAUCGGAGGUUUAGAUGUUUUAAAGCAAAUGAAUGAAGAUGGAAUGUUAGUUGAUACAUUAACCAAAAGACAAGGUGUAGCAGUUUGA